AUGGACAUCAAGUUCUGCAAGACCAACCUCCUCAUUGAACACAAGGAAUUGGAUGGGAAGUUCCAAUUCAAGUUCACACAUCCAUUGACUGGACUUUCCAAGCUUCUCCUGCCUAACCCAGAGCUCACCACAGUAGUCAGGGAUGAGAACAUCGAUUUCAGACCCCCUUUGUAUACACUAGUUGGGCAUGAGGAUGAUUUGCGAGAAGAGGAGCCUGAGCUCGAUCGAGUUGAGGAUCGAGCUGAGUCUCAAGCUGAAGAUCGAGUCCAGGAGAGUGCGGAUUUGGGUGAGCCUGAGUGCUAUUAUUUUGAGGAGUAUGAGGCUCCAAGGAUGAACCCCUCUGUUGUGGCUGCCCACAAGAGGAUUGGACUUCUCCAAAAGUUCAACAAAUGGCAAGGAAAGGCCAUUGAAAAGAUGCAAAAGUCCAUGGACAAGAUGGUGAGCAAGAUCAAGAGUUUGGAGAAGAAGGUUUCUGGUUCUUCAAGCAAGAAGAAGAAGGCACCCAUGGCCCCACUUUCCCUAGGAGUAGAUCACUCCUCACCACCCAAGGAGGCUCCCUGCCCAAGAGCCUCACAGAGCCUCUUCAUUCGAGCCAAGGGAAGGGAGAAGACAACUCGCAGAGAAGGAGGAAGAGCUCUAAGGCCAGACGCUCCAACUCGACCACCGGACUUGAUCGAGUCCAAACAGAGGAAACUCAACUCGAUCGAGCUGAGGGUCGAGUUGACCUGGAGGAGCCCCUGUUUGAGAACCCGGAUUCGAGUACGAUCCAACGCCCUACCAAGACUUCUCUCAGAGCCACUGGACCCUACAACCGCUUCGAGCAAGCACAGCUCCUCCAAGGCCAAGGGAGCCACACACACUUCGAUGAAGAAGAGGAAGAAGAGGAGCCGCAAGCUCGAUCGAGCGAGGUCUUUUGGAGCAUUCUGGAGCAUAUGGGACGAGAGGAGCAUGGAGGACUUGGCACAUGGACGCAGCUCAACUGGAUACGCAAAGGAAGAAGGAGGAAGCCAUCUUGAAGACCAGCUCGACCACCUACUCGACCAACCGGUCGAGUUCCUCAACUCGACCGGCCAAGCUUCAACUCGAUCGAGCUGA